CGCGAUCCUAUCCGCGGCCCCGCAGCGGACGCGUCCGGGGAGUCGCAGGCGGCUGCGUCCCUGCUGGCCCCCAUGGACCUGGGGGAGGAGCCCCUGGAAAAGGCGGCGCGCGCCCGCACGGCCAAGGACCCCAACACCUAUAAAGUGCUCUCGCUGGUUUUGUCAGUUUGUGUGUUAACAACAAUCCUUGGUUGCAUAUUUGGGCUGAAACCAAGCUGUGCCAAAGAAGUUAAAAGUUGCAAAGGUCGAUGCUUUGAGAGAACAUUUGGGAAUUGUCGCUGUGAUGUUGCCUGCGUUGAGCUUGGAAACUGUUGUCUAGAUUACCAGGAGACAUGUAAAGAACCAGAACAUAUAUGGACUUGCAGCAAAUUCAGGUGCGGUGAGAAAAGGUUGUCCAGAAGCCUCUGUUCCUGUUCUGAUGACUGCAAGGAGAAGGGUGACUGCUGCAUCAACUACAGCGCUGUGUGUCGAGGUGAGGAAAGUUGGGUAGAAGAGACAUGUGAGAGCAUUGAUGAGCCACAGUGUCCAGCAGGGUAUGAAAAGCCUCCUACCCUCUUAUUUUCUUUGGAUGGUUUCAGGGCAGAAUAUUUACACACUUGGGGUGGACUUCUUCCUGUUAUUAGCAAACUAAAAAACUGUGGAACAUACGCUAAAAACAUGAGACCAGUUUACCCAACAAAAACUUUCCCCAAUCACUACAGCAUUGUCACAGGACUUUACCCAGAAUCCCAUGGCAUAAUUGACAACAAAAUGUAUGAUCCCAUAAUGAAUGCUUCUUUUACACUUAAAAGUAAAGAAAAAUUUAAUCCUGAGUGGUACAAAGGAGAACCGAUUUGGCUGACAGCUCACUACCAAGGUCUGAAGAGUGGCACAUUUUUUUGGCCAGGAUCAGAUGUGAAAAUUAAUGGAGUUCUCCCAGACAUCUACAAAAUGUAUAAUGGUUCUGUACCAUUUGAAGAAAGAAUUCUGACUGUUCUUAAGUGGUUACAGCUUCCUAGUGAUGAAAGACCACACUUUUACACUCUGUAUUUAGAAGAACCAGAUUCUUCAGGUCAUUUGUAUGGACCAGUCAGCAGUGAAGUCAUUAGAGCAUUGCAGAGGGUUGACAACAUGGUGGGCAUGCUGAUGGAUGGUCUGAAAGAGCUGAAUUUGCAUAGAUGUCUGAACCUCAUCCUUAUUUCAGAUCAUGGCAUGGAACAAGGCAGUUGUAAGAAAUAUGUGUAUCUGAACAAAUAUUUGGGAGAUGUUAAAAAUAUCAAAGUUGUAUAUGGACCUGCAGCUCGAUUGAGACCCUCUGAUAUCCCAGAUAAAUACUUUUCAUUUAAUUAUGAAGUUAUUGCCAGGAAUCUUUCUUGUCGGGAGCCAAAGCAGCACUUCAAACCUUAUCUAAAACCAUUCUUACCUAAGCGCUUGCAUUUUGCUAAAAAUGACAGGAUUGAGACCUUGCUCUUCUAUUUGGACCCUCAGUGGCAACUUGCAUUGAAUCCUUCAGAGAGGAAAUCCUGUGGAAGUGGAUUUCAUGGCUCUGAUAAUGCAUUUUCAAAUAUGCAAGCCCUCUUUAUUGGCUAUGGACCUGGAUUCAAGCACGGCUUUGAAGUUGAUGCCUUUGAAAAUAUUGAAGUCUAUAAUUUAAUGUGUGAUUUACUGAAUUUGACACCAGCUCCUAAUAAUGGAACUCACGGAAGCCUUAACCACCUUCUGAAAAAUCCCUUUUACACCCCAAAGCAUCCCAAAGAAGCCCGCCCCCUGAUGCAGUGCUCCAUCACAGCAACCACCAGAGACCAUCUAGGCUGCUCCUGUGAUCCCUCGAUUUUACCAGUUGACGAUUUUCAGACACAGUUGAAUCUGACCAUGGCAAAAGAGAAGAUCAUUAAGCGUGAUACUUUACCCUAUGGAAGGCCCAGAAUUCUCUGGAAGAACAGCACCACCUGCCUACUCUACCAGCACCAGUUCAUCAGUGCUUACAGCUACGACAUCCAAAUGCCCUUGUGGACAUCCUACACGGUCAACAGAAAUAACAAUUUUUCUAAAGAAGACUUUUCCAACUGUUUUUACCAGGAUCUCCGAAUUUCUCUUAGUCCUGCUCAUAAAUGUUCAUUUUAUAAAAACAACGUUAAACUGAGUUAUGGAUUCCUCUUCCCCCCACAACUAAAUAAUGUUUCAAAUAAAACAUAUUCUGAAGCAUUGCUUACUACUAAUAUAGUGCCAAUGUACCAGAAUUUCCAAGUUGUGUGGCGCUACUUCCAUGGCGCCCUCCUGCGGAAGUAUGCGGAAGAACGGAAUGGCGUCAACGUUGUCAGCGGUCCUGUGUUUGACUUCGACUAUGAUGGACGUUAUGACUCCCCUGACACGCUGAAGAAAAACAGAAGACACAUCCGUAAUCAAGAAAUUCUGAUUCCAACUCACUUCUUUGUUGUACUCACAAGCUGUAAAAAUAUAUCGCAGACCCCCUUGCAGUGUGAAAAUUUAGAUACCUUAGCUUUCAUUUUGCCUCACAGGACUGACAACAGUGAGAGCUGUGCGCAUGGGAAGCAUGAGUCCUCAUGGGUUGAAGAGCUAUUGACAUUGCACAGGGCUCGACUCACAGAUGUUGAACAUAUCACUGGACUCAGCUUCUAUCAAGAAAGAAAAGAGUCAGUCUCAGAUAUUUUAAAAUUGAAAACGUAUUUGAAAACCUUUAAUCAAGAAGACUGAUAUUUUUUUUCUUAUUACAAAAGCACACCAUUUUAUUUUAAAAGAACAUUCUAUUUUAUACAGUCCUCUGUUCACACUAUUGCAUUGCUUGGAAGCUGUCAACCGGAGCUAGAAGUGAGAAUCCUCUGUGAUAUGAGCAUCUCAGGGAAACUGUGGCCUCACUGCAGAGGUAGGAGUGUGUUCCUAUUGAGCCUUGCACAUAUUUGAAUGAAUAAGAGUUGAUUGCACUGUGCAAGUUUGAGGAAUAGAGACAGACCAUCACCAACACUGCUCUUCUACUGCUCUAUAAAGGCAGAAGUAGCUGUGAACAUUUAUCUGGACACCAGAUGUUUGAAUUUUAGUAUCUUUAAUAAUUUUUUAUGGAACUGGCAAUCACUAGACUAAUGAAUAAGCUUGGAAAAAUUCAUGUUAUAUCAGCAUUUUUACAGGGAUUUAAGAGAGAUUCUGAAUUCCUUUUAACUUGGAGUUUCAUUUUUUUUUUAAUCAAAACAAUGGAAGCCAGAAUAUUUCAGAAACCCCAUAUCUUUUCCUUUAUUCUCUCAAGACAAAAUAUGUAAUCCUGUGUAUUAUUUUUUAUUGUGUUAGAGUUUCUUCAAAUUUAAAGAUGAACAUUAAACUUUAAGGGACAAUCUGUGAAUUGAGUAUACCUCCUGUUACAAAGUUUUUACUCUGCAUUUGUACCAAAAAAAAAGGGGGGGGAAUAUUCCCAGUUUGCUCAGUGGUUAUUAACAUAGGCUUAAAAUAGCUCUAAAAGUGGCUUAUCUGUUAAAAAUGAGCCUUAUCUGGUGAAACUUUAGAACUUGUCAAAAAUGGCAUUUUUUUAUUGAGAUUUUAGAAGUAUUUUCCUCUUUGCAUAGAAUGACAUUGCCAGCAGAGCUGUGCUGUGCUGAGCUGUUCAUUUUGAAAUUCCAUGGAUUUGAGGAGACAUGGCGCCUUCACUUCCCAUCUUCUGGGUGGUCAUGAUAAAUGAACCUGAAUUCCCCAGGUAGACUUUAACUUUAGCCUCAGACUGUGAAGCUUCAAGGUCUGCCUUCAACCUUAGGCUCGUUGGGUUUGAUUUAGGUUCUGUAUUGUUACACCAAAGAUUUGUAUCUGUCCUUCAUUUGAUAAUCAUUCUUUAGUAGCCUCAGGGCCACAGAACCUUUAAAUACAAGUUGCAUCUGAAAAUUAUAUAAUAAUUUAGAAAGUUUCAUUGGUUCUUGUUUUACUCCUAUAAGCCCCUGGGUUCUGUUCAAUUUUGUUUUCAGUGUAUUUUCUCUCUUCUGCUAAGGUUGGAUGAUUUCCUGAUUUCCAUUGGUCUAGUUUCAAGUAAAUGGAUGCUUUCUCUGUCUAAUCAUUCAGUUGUAGAACGCAUCCAUUGGUUUUUAGAUUUCAAUUAUUGUGCUUUUAAUUCUAAAGUGAAUAAUUGUUAGUCUUUUAUUUUUUUACUGAAAAUAUCUUUGCUGAGACUUUCUAUUUUUGUGCUGAGACUUGUAUUUCUAUCAAGCAUUUUCAUACUUACUGACACAUUUUUAUGAUGGCUGCUGUGAAAUCCUUGUCAGAUAAUUUUGACAUCUGUAUUAUCUUGAUGUUGUCAUCUCUUGUGCUUUAUCAUUUGAAAAGAUUUUCCUGGUUCUUGGUGUGAUAAAUAGUUUUCAAUUGAAACCUGGAAAUUUUAGUAUUAUGUUAUGCAACUAUGGAUCUUAUUUAACUUUCUGUUUUCACUGACUUUCUCUGAUAUCACCCUAGCAAAAGAAUUGGGAGCACUGCCAGAUGUGGCUGGGAGCCAAGUUUCGCACUUCCCCUCCAUUCACACCUGGAUGAAAGGGGGAUCUGUGGGUUGCUGAGCAGGGUGGGGAUUCAGCUUGCCACUGAGGCUCCAUUGAUGCUUCUCUGGUAGGAUAUGCAGAUGUCUCCUUCCUACUCCCACAUGAUCACCACUGUGUAUGGACUGAGAGACUAUGGUAGGAAAAGCUUUAUUUUCACCAGAAAGGAUCUGUUCUUCAUCCAGCCUUCAUGACAUCAUGCUGGCAGGAAAAUUAGGGCACUUGGCAAAGAAGGAAGCCUUGACUCCCCAUUCAGCCCUUGCAGGGUAGAUGGGGCCAUAGUCUCUUCUGUGGUGCUUGGCUAGGGCCAUUAUUAUUAUUGUUAUUAUUUUACUAUACAUUUUUCUCCUGGCACUUUGGCUAGAGAGCCAGAGAAAGCAAGAGAGCCUACCUUUCCUUAGGGCUUCUUUUCCUCUGUUCUCAACACUUUGGGUUGCUGGCUUCUUCAACUCUAAGUAUGUAAUAUGUGAACUAGAUCAUAAAUGGGAAAAUUAUCACAGUAUUUUCUUCAGGUCGCAAGGCCCCAACCUGACUACCUUUUUUCUCCAUACUUUUUAUAAUCUUCCUGUGUUUGUUUAUGUAUAAUAUCUAAGCUUUUUAUCUGCACUUAGCAGAAAGAUAUCUACUUCUUUGUAGAAGUGUCUCUUUGAUUUUAUAUAUUCACCAAAACACUUACAGAUGCAUGAUUGCCACUACAUAAAGCACCUUAGGAAAACUUACUUGACUAGAUAGGCAAUCUCCCACUUUGCCAGAUAGCAGGAUUAUAGAGAAGAAAAUGUUACAACACUUACAGAACUGGGGAGAUGGUGGUAGGUAGAAAUAUAAAUGAUCCCUAAAGGGUGAUAAAUGUUACCAUGGAGGCUUGGGUGGGUGGUGGUUCAGGAAGCACAGGCAACACAAUCCAGGGAAUAAACCUUGUCCUGCUCAGUAAUAUCAGCAAUGCUUUCUGGAGGCGAUGCUGUUUGGGCUCAGUCUUUGAUGGAAGCUGUGGUGCUCUUCAGGUAAACAAGUGAGGAACAGAUAGUCUAGCAUUUUUUUGGCAUUUUACCAUUGUCUCCUCUGUUAUAUUUUACAAGGGUCAUUAUGACCUCCUUAUGAUAUACAACUAUUUCGCUUUUUUUCCUUUGUCAUAAUAAUCUCCUGUUCUUAAAGAAAAUAUCAGACUCUAAAUUCUGUGUUGAUUUAUUAAGAUAAAACAGAUCCCCAUAUGUUUCUAUUUAAAUUUUUUGUUAGUUGCCCUUUUAUACUAUGUAUUAAUUCUUAUCUUGAAACACACUCACCUUUUAGUAUUUACUCACCUUAAAAUAUGUCCCUGGCCUCCACUUUCCCAUUUUUAUCAAUCGACAUGUCUUGAUCCUAAUAUUUUUAAUAAGGCUAUAUUUUGCUUUCCAAACACAGAAAAAUCUUUACCCUAAUUUUAUUGCUGUGUCUCUAGUCAGCACCUCUUCAAUGAGGUAAGUCACUUCCAUACAAAAUUCUGUACCAUCCAGAAACCAAGUAGAAUUUUAAAAUAUUUAUAAGAAUUAGAAAAGAUGCUUCGCGAAAAGACAAACAUUAGGGUUCCAGCAGGGUGAGCAGAUACGGCAGGGACUGUGCCAGGUCCUAUCUAAAGUGAUAAGACAGGAUGGCGCAAGAAACACACAAUCUUCUGCAGAAGUCUGUGAAGCAACCUCUUUUGACUUUUCUUUGUUAUUAGCUACAUUAACUGUCCUGCCCUAUUUUCUGGGUAAGUUCUUAUCUAUGACAGGAACUGGCAUUUGAGCUUUGAAACAAAUGUGGUGAUUACACUUCAUGGUGAAGCCUAUCACAGGAAUUUGGUCUGUGGGUGUUUUCAUAGGCCUUAAGUAAAUUUCAUCAUGUCUGCCUACAUCCAAUAACAUUUUCUUUGAUUUUUGGCCAAUCUAAAUAUUGUAAGGAGAAAAUGAAAUCUACAGAAUAUAAUGUCUGUAAAAUAUGAAAUGUGGAUUCACAAA